CUGUAAAAGUUUUGCGCAUGCGCAGAUAAUUCCAAAAUGGCGUCGUCUGAGGAGGCUGAUGUACGUUCUCCGCCAUAUCCCGACCCACUUGAGUCACUCCCUUAUUGGGGCCAUGGCCCUGGAGAAGACAUUACUAGUCUCCCAGCUGGAUGGGAGGGUAGAGUUACUUCAGAAGGACGAGUAUUUUUCAUAGAUCACAAUGAGAGAGAAACCCAUUGGUCACACCCAGUCACUAAAAUGAAAUACAGAGUUCAAUCACAUCUCUCAUAUGGCUGGCAGCUGUUUAAAGAUGAAGAUGAUGCUGUUGUAUUUGUCGAUCAUUUAGAGGGCGUGUGUUCCAAAGUCGAUCCACGCCUACUCAAUAGGAGAGCGUUUGAUUUUCCCGAAGAGUAUGGGAUUCGCUCAUUUAAUCCACUCCAGCAUCGUCUGAAACCUUACUCUACUGCUGAUGAUGUUUUAAAAGAUAUUUCACUACAGGGAAAGGUUGCCAUUGUAACCGGAGCUAACUCUGGACUGGGCUAUGAGACAGCACGGAGUUUAGCAUCUCACGGUGCUCACGUUAUAUUAGCAUGUCGUGACAGAGGGAGAGGAGCUACUGCUGUCAACUUGAUACAAAAAUCCCACCCUAGGGCCAAAGUAGAGCAUCGUGACUUAGACUUGGCCUCGCUGAGAAGUGUUCGAUUAUUUUCAGAGUUUUUUAUUGCCUCCGGUCUGUCACUCGAUAUACUGGUGUGUAACGCCGGUCUUCUCGAGCCAAGUUUCACACUGACCGAGGAUGGACUGGAGUCUCAUUUCGCCGUCAAUUAUUUGGGACAUUUUUAUCUCAUUAAUCUAUUGAAGGACAUACUUUCGAAGUCGACACUCCCACGCAUUGUCAUUGUAUCAUCUGAAUCACACUGGUAUCCCUCGCCAAAAUCAACAAAACUGGAGCUCCAGUAUCUCAAGAAUCCCAAUAGAGAGAAUUAUAAUUAUUUUGCUGCAUACGGUGCAUCAAAGCUAUGCUGCAUACUCCUGAUGCAAGAGCUGUACAGACGGCACCCACUGAUAUGCACCAAUGCAGUCCACCCUGGAAACUUCCUCCCCACUGGACUACUGAGAAGGACCAACUGCAUGUACAAGCUGCUUAGAAUAACAGCAAGACCUUUCACCAGUUCAGUGGCUCAAGCUGCAUCAGGUAUAGUGUUCUGUGGAGCUCACCCAGUGAUGGAGGGAGUGAGCGGGUUGUAUAUGUACAGGUGCUCUGUUGCAGAGCCAUCGGGUGAGGCACAGAGCCACGGGACAGCAGCUGCACUCUGGGACCUUAGCACCCAAAUAAUACGUGACAAGAUGACACAAUGGGGGAAAGACUAGCAGGAAUUGCAAUAAUAUUUUUAAUUUUUAAUAGAUUUAGAGUAAUUAUAAAAUAUUUGAAAUAAUAAUAAUUAUUGUUACAUUAAAUUCCCCCUUUCCCACUUGAA